AUGGGCGAUCGCUUGACCUUAGCGCAUCGUCUUCUCAGGGACCAUCCUACUAAGGCUGUCGAGCUUCUGAUGGACUAUUUGAAAGAUGCAAAUAUCAAGGCAGAGACCGAGCAGUUCAUCGGACAGAAUCCUCCUCAGCGAAACCUCGAGACUGAGUCUGACCACCUUCACGAAAUAUUGCCGGCGCCCUCGCAUCAUCGCAACUCUUCCGCACAACAAGCAUCGGGACGUCAUCACAUGCAACGCAUGAGGAACAGCAUACAGACUCCAUCCGCCAGCGCAGGGUCAAAUAAAUCAUUUGCUUCAGGUCUCGCGGCCGCGGGCAUGGAAAAGAUCACCAUCCUCACAUGCGACGACGACAGCGCGGAUCAGGUGGUGAUAGCGAUGUACGGAUCAGGGAAGCAUAAUCUCAUCGGUGACGACGUGGCCUAUGGUGGCCGCGGUCUUAGUGCCAAUCAAUACCGGUUGGAUGAGUCGAUGCUGGUGCCCACGCCUUCUGGAUCGGCAAGAGUCACGACUGCUGUAGACCUAACAUGGCGUAAUCCUGGUCGCAACAAGGGCAAGACGAAAAUGGGUACAUUCUACGUCGUGCCAGAGAAUUUGCUCGAAAGCGACGUGGUUCUGGCAUCUGACGAGUCCAUGGAGCGUCAAUUCCCUUCAGGUCGCUACCUACGAGGCUUCGUCAGCGGGGACGAGUUCCAUCAAGCAGUUCCGCCGCCUGCGCCGAUGCCCCCAUACCAGCCCCAAUAUCAGCCACCGUCUCCCGAGAUUCAACGGGCAUUCGGGCGCGUCGGUGCAAUACACGAACUACAACGCAUGCGAGGGUCCGAGCCACCCGCCCAAGCUGCCCCAUCAGCGCCCGUGAAUCACAGUCAGCAGGGUAGCGCACCCAUACCGAUUACGAGUCAAGGCAAUCCGAGCGACGAGCUCGAAAUUGAAGGUUACUGGGGCAGGAUGCCGAUCAGCAUGUCAGUCGAUAUCAGCAGUUCGGGAGAGCAGUUCUUCCAAGCCUUUCAAUGUAUGGCCAUAGACCGAAAGCGCGGUGACAACUUCGACAGGCAGAGAGUAGCGAUGCUGUUGAGAGCGGACGAGGAAGGUCCCGAGGAAGAAGCCUACCGCGUUAGUCUUGAUCAAGGUACACUGGAGAAGCGCUGGAAGAUGAUCGUGAAAUGGAUUCGAAAGAACAAGAACUCGGAAGAACCGCAUCUGUAUGCGACGGUCGAGAUCGCGGAUGGGUGA